GCUUAACCAAGCGCCGCAAAUGACUUGACUGGGUCAUCGACAAUGUUCAGACGGGCUCGUCUGCCCUUCGCUCUCUUCGGACGCACCCUUCCAAGGAAGUCGCUACUUGCUCCUUCCCAUACCACUCGCGGAGCCAAAACUAAGAGCACCAUCAAAUUCCAUCAUCUACCACAAGGCGCUCUUGCCCCUCUUCCACUCCCAUCGCUCGAAGACGAUGCCGAGUCUCAAGUCCAGGUCUAUCCGCGUGUCAUACAGCAGCACUUGAACAAUGUCAACAAGUUCUCCGACUGUGUUGUACUUACCCGUAUAGGCAACUUCUACGAGCUGUAUGGCGAGCAAGCCGAACAGUAUGCUCCUCUCCUCAAUCUCAAAGUCGCCCAAAGAAAAACUGGUCUUGGUCCUGUUACCAUGGCCGGUUUCCAGUUUACUCAAUUGGACCGUUUCCUAAAGUCUCUCGUGCAGGGCUUGAACAAGCAUGUUGCCAUCAGCGAAGAGGUUAAAAAUUCUCCUGCCGACCAGGUCAAGAAUGGUGGUCUUCUCUACAACCGAAAGGUAUCACGCAUCGUCACCGCCGGUACCUUGGUCGAUGAAACCUUUAUGGAUCCUUUCGAAAACAACUUUCUACUGAGUAUUCAUGCCAAUCUGCACACGACCGACACAGCCUCCUUUCAUGGAGGUACAGAUGUCGGUCUCACAUGGGUAGACCUCUCGAGCGGUGACUUUUUCACUCAGCGCACAGACAUAGCCUCGCUCGGCUCUGUCGUUGCUCGUAUAGGAGCUCGUGAGAUUGUUCUAGAUGCUAGCUUUGAACAGGUCGAUCGGAACCAGCUCGAUCGUCUUUUGGGUCAUGGAGGCCAUGCUGUAACAUACCACAUCGCAAACCCAGAGUUUUGUACCAUCAAACAAUGGGCUCCGAUGCUAGAAAAACCUGUCUCUCAAGUUGAAUGCCGUUCCUUCUCAGAACAGGAGGUACUGGCAGGCUCAUUGCUGUUAGAUUAUGUCAAAGGCAGGUUGCUUGAGCUGAACGUUUCUCUGAGAUGUCCCAUCCGCCGCAAUCAGGGUGAUUAUAUGAGUAUUGACAAGCAGACCCUGAAAGCCUUGGAGAUUCGAUCCACUCUCCGAGACGGCCUCUUCCAGGGCAGCCUGCUGCAUGCAAUUCGAAGAACGACUACUAAAAGUGGCGCACGACUGUUAAACCAGAGACUAGUGUCACCGUCGAUGUCACUUCCUGUAAUCAACGCCCGUUUAGAUCUAGUAUCCGAACUGCGAGAAGAGGAUCAACUGCGAGAAGAGACAAUGUCUGCGCUGCGGAGGACAACGGAUGUUCUGCGACUGUUACAGCGAUUCUCUAUUGGCAAGGGUGAUGCCGACGAUCUUCUGGCUCUAGCCAAAACAAUUCAAAUCAUCAGUCAGAUUGUGGAUAUGACGACUGGCCCUUUGUCCGUCCAAACGAAUUCUUCCUCGACAAUCUCUUCGCUGAGAGCAUUAAUUGGUCGUCUUGAUCUGGCAGGCCCCUUGAAGUUAGCGGACCGUAUCUUGGAAGCCAUUGAUGAGGAUGGUCUUUCUCAACAGCACUUGGCAGAAGAAGCAGAAGCUGUCGGUGUUGCAGAACUCGCAGAACAGAUCGCCGAAGCAGAGGAGCCCCAAACCAGGUCAACCAAGCGUGGCAAAUCAAGCACAAAGAAGCCCGCAGUGGUUACAGACCUCAACGCUGGAGAAUACUGGAUUAUGCGAAAAAGUGCAAGUACAACUUUAAAACUAGGACAUCAAAAUCUCGAUGAUAUUCUGGAUGAGAAGGCACAACUUUUCGAGCGCUUGCGAGCAGAUAUAGGCAACACGAUAGUCCUCAAAUGGACUCCACAGCUGGGACAUUUCUGUCAAGUCAGAGGCAAGGACGUUCGGGCAGACAUUCCAGACGCCAGAAAUGUCAGCUCCACUAAAAACACCAGAGCGUUUUAUCUUCCGGACUGGUCACACUUGGGAUCACGAUUGGAAGACGCAAAGAUGCGCAUCCGCACCGAAGAGCAGCGAGUGCUGAACGAUCUUCGAAAACGGGUGAUUGAAAACCUAGUCAAGCUCAGACGUAAUGCUAGUAUACUCGACGAGUUAGACGUCGGCUGCUCUUCUGCAGUUAUGGCAAACGAGAGGAAUCUUGUGAGGCCAAUCUUGAACUCUGGUGUCUCCCAUAAAAUAAUCGGUGGUCGCCAUCCGAUGGUAGAUGUAGGACUACAAGAACAAGGUCGACUGUUUACCGCAAAUGACUGCACCGUUGGAGGGGAUGAAAGCAUUCUUCUGAUUACUGGGCCCAAUAUGGCUGGAAAGAGUACUUAUCUUAGGCAGAACGCCCUGAUGACAAUCCUAGCCCAGACUGGUUGCUUCGUUCCUGCUGACUACGCAGAGAUAGGGUUGGUGGACAAGAUUUUCAGUAGGGUGGGCUCAGCAGAUAAUCUGUACAACCAUCAGUCGACUUUCAUGGUGGAGAUGCUUGAGGUAGCCGAUAUCCUCAAUCAAGCCACUCCACGUUCAUUCAUCAUCAUGGAUGAAGUUGGCCGUGGAACGACCCCAGAAGAUGGUGUUGCUGUAGGGUAUGCCUGUCUACAUCACCUGCACUACACUACUCCGUGCCGUACCCUCUUCGCCACCCAUUUCCACUCCUUGGUCGGCAUGACAAAGACUUUUGAUCACUUGGGCUGCUAUUGUACAGAUGUUGCCGAAGAGGAGGAUGGCUCGUGGGUCUAUGUGCACAAGCUUCGGAAAGGAGUAAAUAGAGAGUCGCAUGCGCUCAAGGUCGCUAAGCUUGCUGGCUUGCCAGACUCGGCGAUCGCUGUGGCCAAAGGCGUCUUGGAAUGCUUCGAACUUGAGAGGAAUUCCGCUGGAGCACCUUGAUGUUUUCCAAGGCUGCUAGCUACUUUGCCACGAUCGUAUCAUCUGCACAUACCAUGCAAGCUCACUCAGUGUCUUCACAAUUUCCAGAUCACAAGGUCACGCAUGAAUCGAAGCUCGUAAAACCUCCCGGUUGCUGAUAUUUGUACGACCCAGGCAAGGGGUAUCUCUAAUUAUUUCAUGCCUCGUCGUAUCCCCAAACCCUCAUAUACUCAAAGCGAGUGACUGUCUAUUCCUUCUUGCCGAAAAGGUGCUUGACUUUGUCACCCAGGGUUUCCUUCUCGCCCUGCUUCUCCUUUUCCUUAUCCUGAGGGUUGCUGUGACCUCCGUACUUUUCCUUAUAGACGUUUCCCUCACCCCCAC